AUGGUUCCAAAUGAUGCUCCCCGUGGUGGUUCUCCCAUUGAGAGUGGGCAGGAGACAGGGCCCCAACUCCAAGUGCGCACACUGCCAUGGCCAUUCUCUCGAGAUUGUCUCAGAGUGGCGCCAGAUCGCCGAUCGUGGCCGCCGCUUAAAGCUGUGCAUACACAGUACUCCCAUAAGACGAACCGCCUCAGAUGGCAAGCCAAUGCCGAUGGCCUCUCGGAAAUCUUGGGUGACGACAGCCCGUGA